CCAUGGGCAACAGCGCGGGCCGCAGCGACUUCGAGUGGGUCUACACCGACCAGCCCCACACGCAGCGGCGCAAGGAGAUGCUCGCCAAGUACCCGGCCAUCAAGGCGCUGAUGCGGCCCGACCCGCGGCUCAAGUGGACGGUGCUGGGGCUGGUGCUGGUGCAGCUGGGCGCCUGCUGGCUGGUGCAGGGGCUGGCCUGGCGCUGGCUGUUCUUCUGGGCCUACGCCUUCGGGGGCUGCGUGAACCACUCGCUGACGCUGGCCAUCCACGACAUCUCCCACAACACGGCCUUCGGCACGGGCCGCGCCACGCACAACCGCUGGUUUGCUGUCUUCGCCAACCUGCCGGUGGGCUUGCCCUACGCCGCCUCCUUCAAGAAGUACCACGUGGACCACCACCGCUACCUGGGCGGCGACGGGCUGGACGUGGACGUGCCCACGCGCCUGGAGGGCUGGCUCUUCUGCACGCCGGCGCGCAAGCUGCUCUGGCUGGCCCUGCAGCCCUUCUUCUAUUCGCUGCGGCCACUCUGCGUGAACCCCAAGGCCCUGACCCGCAUGGAGGUGCUCAACGCCCUGGUGCAGCUGGCCGCCGACGCCGCCAUCUUCGCCCUGUGGGGGCUCAAGCCCGUGGUCUACCUGCUGGCCAGCUCCCUGCUGGGCCUGGGCCUGCACCCCAUCUCGGGACACUUUGUGGCCGAGCACUACAUGUUCCUGAAGGGCCACGAGACCUACUCCUACUACGGGCCCCUCAACUGGAUCACCUUCAACGUGGGCUACCACAUGGAGCACCAUGACUUCCCCAGCAUCCCCGGCUGCAACCUGCCCCUGGUGCGGAAGAUUGCGCCCGAGUACUACGACCACCUGCCCCAGCACCACUCGUGGGUGAAGGUGCUCUGGGACUUCGUGUUCGAGGACUCCCUGGGGCCCUAUGCCAGGGUGAAGCGGGUGUGCAAGCUGGCAGAGGACCGCCUGUGAGCCGCCUGGCCGGUGCCCAUGUGGACGCGCUGACCUGCUGGGGAGCCGGCCGUGCCCGUGCUCCCUCAGCCUGCUGCCUGGACCGGUUUGGCCACUUUUGGCUCCUGCACCUUGUUCUGCUGCUCUCGUGCCCGGGGCCCUGGGGACCUGCCUGGGGACAGUGAACACAGACACCCGGAAGCUUGGUCUGCUUGUGGCUCGCUGAUGGCCCCAGGCCAGACCCUUCCUGGGCGGCCCCUGCACGGCCUGGCCCCUCCUGGGCGCCGCCCUUGGGCCUCAUUUCUCUGGUGUUCUGCCCUCCAUUAAAUUUAGCAUGUAUUUUCAUCCCCACGGACUGGCCUCCAGGAGGUGGUCUUGGCUCCAGUCUGGGCCUGAGGAUGAGGUCCAGCUGGCCCCGCUGGGCGGUGUAGGCCCCAAAUCAUGCCCCACCUGCUCCCCACCCUUUGGGGGCUGCAGUUUCUUGCACACCCUGUCCUGAGGGCCCUGCCAGUGUGCCCAGUGCUGUGGGCCGCAGCCUGUCCGAGGCACACGUGGUCCCCCCACCCCUCCUCCGCCCCGUCCCUAUAACCAGCCUCGGAGCCCUUCCUUGCUUUCCCCGGCUGAGCCCUGCAGGCACAGCCUCCCUGCGUGUGCCCGCCUCGAGCCUGCCACCAUGAGUCCACACUGCAGAGCCUCCCCUGACCCCCAGAGGG